CGCCCCACCCUCUUCGGUUCUCCCGUCGGGCCAGGCUCCGUGUCAACACCGGGGAGGAGGAGGAGGAAGCUGGGGGGUGGAACCGUCGGGAGGGUGGUGGUCACCGCUCGCCACCCAAGAUGUUAUUCAAUGGCAACAAUCCCCAUUAUCUGUCCCCACUUUGGGCUAAUCAGACAGAAUCGCUAAUACCGAGGGCUGCUUCCUGCCGCCUCUGGGAGGUAACAGGGCGCCGAGAGGCGGGGGGAAUGGGCGGGGCAGCGGGCGGAGGUGGCACCUUCCGGGCUUGAGGGGGCUCUGGCCCAGAGCUCAUUCAGGUACUUAACACCCGGAGACCCGGACCUCUGUUUUCAAAGCGGCGGGGGUGGGGAAGGCUUCUUAUAUAAACAGGGGUUCCGCUGUAAACGCGCUAAUAUCUUGGAGGCAAGCCCAUGGCGAGCGCCUCCCAUGCCCACCCGUAGCAGCGGCGUCGUCCGACGCCCCUAGUUUCCGAACCUGCCCUGCCCCGCCUACUUGUAGGCCAUGGCCACCACUGGACGCCUCAGCUUCACCGUGCGCAGCCUCCUGGAUUUACCCGAGCAGGACUCGCAGCACCCGCGGGGGCAGGAGCCGGAGCCGCGCUCGCCCUUGCGCCUCGGCCCCUGCGCUGUCUGGUUGGAGCCAGACCGCGGCCACUACCCCUCCUCAGACGAGAGCAUCCCGGAGACCAGCCUGCCCGAUUCGUCGCAGCGGCAGUCCCCACGACCCGCGUCGCCAGGCUCAGACUCUGAGAAAAGGAAGAAGCGGAGGGUGCUGUUUUCCAAGGCGCAGACGCUGGAGCUGGAGCGGCGCUUCCGGCAGCAGCGCUACCUGUCGGCGCCUGAGCGCGAACAGCUGGCGCGCCUGCUGCGCCUCACGCCCACGCAGGUCAAGAUCUGGUUCCAGAACCACCGUUACAAGCUGAAGCGCGCGCGUACAUCAGGAACAGCGGGGUUGCCGGACCUCACCGCUGCCACUGAGCUGCGCGCCGCGCCCGGCCUGCUGCGCCGCGUGGUGGUGCCGGUACUGGUGCGCGAUGGGCAGCCGUGCGGCGGCGGCGAGGCGGGCACCGCCGCAGCCCAGGACAAGUGCGGCGCCACCUCGGCCGCACCCGCCUGCCCUCUUACGGGUUACUCCGCCUUUGGUCCCAGCUCGGCGCUCAGCUUCUUCCCCGCGUACCAGCACUUAGCGCCUUCCGCCCUAGUCUGGAACUUGUGAGGCCGCCGCGAGACGCGGGCACCUGGGGCUACUCCGGACCAUGGAGAGUUCGGCAGUCGGAGCACCGCUUGAGCCAGUGACCUGGAGCGUCCCACGCCGGCUCCCUGAGGACCCAACCUCCUUUGUCGCGGGCCCGCCCUCUCCAUCCCUCAAGGAGGUGCACGCAGGAAACUUUCGCCUAGAUCCUUCCUCGCCCUUUCCCUCGACCACCAACCCCAGAGCUAGGUUUUACAGCUUGAACCUUAUUUGUAUAUUUUAAAAUAGUCAUUUGUAUGGGAAGCAACGUAUUUUAAAAGAAAUAGAAUAUUUUUCCUCUUUGUGGUGCGAGAAUAAAAUAUGUGGGGUUGGGUCCUCUGCGCGCUUGCCGGGACCUUGAGGUGGGACCACGGGACCAGAGUUCUGGACGCCCAGCCGCUGCUGACGCGCUAAGUCAGGGUCCACCCCGAGUUGAGUCGGAGGGCAGAUUGCAGUCCCAACAUGGCUUUAGGAAAAUGGGAGGGGUGGUGGCAAAAAGAGGGGUGGCGGGAGAAAACAGAGGGAGCCCUAGGGUCCUGGUCAGCUGAAAGAGGCUCUGGAGUGACGCGAGGCCCCUCUGGGCUCCAGGAACCGUUGGCUUUUCAAACACCAAAAGUCAACCCUGUCGGCCAAGACAGGGAAUAGUGAGCUAUUCCAGAGGGAUAUUUUUGAGAUGUGCCCUCAGGGUUGGGUGCCGAGUGCACCAAACCCGGAGCAGCUCAGGCCUGGUCAUAGACCCCCAAUUUCCAGGGUGCUGGAGCCAAGGACACGGGAUCCGGAGAGCACACGGAGAACUGGUAAUCUCCAGUUAAGUAAAUGCCUCGCUUGGUAGCUGUAAUUUCCUGUCUCUUCCUAGAGCAGCAUCAAGCCGGGAUGGGGCAGGGAGCAAGGUGGUGAAGAAAUCAGUGGGUGGUAGGGAACCACUGGGGCAGAGUACUGCCUCAGGGCGCUCCGGGAAACUCGGCUGCGGGCUGAGAAAGUACCGCCUGGGGCACGCCUGUGGGAGCGCUGGUGGCCGGACUUUGGGCCGGGAUCAUUGGUCGGUCUCAUUUUACCCGCAUCCCAAAUGCUCAUCAGGCUCGGGGAUCAAUCCUAUUCACCCUGGCCCCCUUGGGUUUGGAACUCAUCCCCUCCUCGGUAUCCAGAGCGGCAAGGUUUACUACGCAGGUAGCGCUUCUCUCGGAGAAGGGGUGGCCACCUCGUUCCCUUGCGCCCACUUCAGGGACAUGCGCUCGCUGAGAGCAGUUCCAGGCCAUCCGGCCCUGGGAGUGGAGCGAGGGCCGGAUGAGAUCUGUAAGGAGUAGCCAUUGGGCCUGUUUGGAGCCCUAGCUUACUUGCCCGAGGAAGAGGAGAGGAGAAGGAAGGAUGGCGACUAAGCGUUAACACCUGGAAUUUUGGGGGGUAGAGGGAGAGAGAAGAGGGCAGAGGGGGAAGGGAGUGGUGUGUUUAGGUCUCAGCUGCCGGCCACCUUGUCUUCCAUAUGGAUGCGGCUAUCUUAGAAGAAUCUCGAUCCUUAAACCUCCUUUUGUCUUGGGGAGUGAAAAGGACAUUGUCAGGCCUGAAAAGGACCUAGACAAAAUCCACACUGUUUCAAUUCAGGAUCCUGUUUAAUCAGUCCCUGGUGACAAUGUAGUGGGUGUUAGGCUGGACAAUGGUAUCUUUUAAAACCUUGUGGCCUUCAGGAAGACAAAGGGCUUGAAUUUUAUGGGCUUACAACUUCAAUUAGAAAAGUACCAGUGUGCAUGGGAGAUUAUCAAAUUUGUAUCAUAAAACCCUUUUCUAAUAAAUGAUUGCUGGGGAAAGAGCCUGGACAUUGUAAGAUAUGUAUUAGAACCUGCCAGGGGGCUUCCCAGUUAGUCCCAGCCACAGCAGACAGGAAAGAAAAG